CGGACCGCUGCCAGGUGCUCCAGCAAACGCGAGAUCAGAGGAGGAAUUAUGUCAUUGCUCCGAAGGAAUGAGGCCAGCGUGCUUCCGCGCGUGUGUUGACGGACAGCCCCUCACUGGACCUAGCGCAUAUAAGCAGCGCCUGCCGCCGGGCUGGUGCGACCUCCAAGCCCAGCUCCUCUGCAGAGCGGGGCUGGGUCUCCUCCCGAACCCUCGUCCCUCCCGGACCCCACGCCCAACUCUGAGAGGCGUCUUCCCUGCUGGUUUUUCACAUACCAGGGGUUGGACCGAGGAGAGGCAGGAUGCUGUUGCCGCUGCUGCUGCUGGGCUCGUGGGCCUGGCCCAGCGCUCAGGCCGGCGACCAGGACGAGGACACCGCCUUCGACCUCUUCAGCAUCAGCCACAUCAACCGCAAGACCAUCGGGGCCAAGCAGUUCCGGGGGCCGGACCCCAGCGUGCCCGCCUACCGCUUCGUGCGCUUCGACUACAUCCCGCCGGUGAGCUCAGAGCACCUGGGCCGGAUCGCAGAGGCCAUGCGGCAGAAGGAGGGCUUCUUCCUGACGGCCAGCCUGAAGCAGGACCGCAGGUCCCGGGGCACCCUGCUGGCGCUGGAAGGCCCAGGCGCUGCUCACAGGCAGUUCGAGAUCGUGUCCAACGGCCCCGCCGACACCCUGGACCUCGCCUACUGGGUGGACGGCACCCAGCACGUCAUCUCCCUGGAGGACGUGGGCCUGGCUGACGCCCAGUGGAAGAACAUCACCGUGCAGGUGGCUGGAGAGACCUACAGCCUGUACGUGGGCUGUGACCUGAUGGACAGCUUCACACUGGACGAGCCCUUCUACGAGCAGCUGAAGACGGAGAAGAGCAGGAUGUACGUGGCCAAGGGCUCCGCCCGAGAGAGUCAUUUCAGGGGUUUGCUGCAGAACGUCUACUUAGUGUUUGAAAACUCUGUAGAAGAUCUUCUGAGCAAGAAAGGCUGUCAGCACAGCCAGGGAGCCGAAGCCAACGCCAUCAGCGAGAACACGGAGACGCUGCACCUGAGCCCCCCGGUCCUGGGCUCCGCGGAGCACCUGGGCCGCAGCGCCGAGGGGAGCCCCGAGGUGUGUGAGCACUCCUGCGAGGAGCUGGGCAGCAUGAUCAGGGAGCUGUCGGGGCUGCACGUCGUCGUGAACCAGCUGCACGAGAGCCUGCGCAAAGUGUCCAACGACAACCAGGUUCUGUGGGAGCUCAUCGGUGGGCCCCCCAAGACCAGGAACGUGUCCGCCUGCUGGCAGGACGGCCGGUUCUUCGCGGAGAACGAGACCUGGGUGGUGGACAGCUGCACCAAGUGCACCUGCAAGAAAUAUAAAACCGUUUGCCACCAAAUCAGCUGUCCCCCCGCCACGUGCGUGGACCCGUCGUUCGUGGAUGGCGAGUGCUGCCCCUCCUGCUUCCACGAUGGCGAGGAAGGCUGGUCCCCGUGGGCGGAGUGGACGGAGUGCUCUGCCACCUGCGGGCCUGGCACCCAGCAGAGGGGACGGUCCUGCGACGUCACCAGCAACACCUGCCUGGGGCCGUCCAUCCAGACGCGGGCCUGCAGCCUGGGCAAGUGUGACCGCCGCAUCCGGCAGGACGGCGGCUGGAGCCACUGGUCGCCUUGGUCCUCCUGCUCCGUGACCUGUGGAUUCGGCAACGUCACCCGCAUCCGGCUCUGCAACUCGCCGGUGCCGCAGCUGGGCGGGCGCAGCUGCAAGGGGAGCGGCCGCGAGACCAAGGCCUGCCAGGGCCCGCCCUGCCCAGUGGACGGUCGGUGGAGCCCCUGGUCCCCGUGGUCGGCCUGCACCGUCACCUGCGCCGGAGGCAUCCGGGAGCGGACGCGCGUCUGCAACAGCCCGGAGCCGCAGCACGGGGGGAAGGGCUGCGUGGGGGACGUGAAGGAGCAGCAGAUGUGUAACAAGAGGAGCUGCCCCGUAGACGGCUGCCUGUCCAACCCCUGCUUCCCCGGAGCCCAGUGCAGCAGCUUCCCCGACGGGUCCUGGUCCUGCGGCUCCUGCCCUCCGGGCUUCCUGGGCAACGGCACCUACUGCGAGGACCUGGACGAGUGCGCUGUGGUCACGGACGUGUGCUUCACGACCAGCAAGGCGCACCGCUGCGUCAACACCAAGCCGGGCUUCCACUGCCUGCCCUGCCCCCCACGCUACAAGGGGGACCAGCCCUCCGGCGUCGGCCUGGAGGCGGCCAGGAUGGAGAAGCAGGUGUGUGAGCCUGAGAACCCCUGCAAAGACAAGACCCACAGCUGCCACCGGCACGCGGAGUGCAUCUACCUGGGCCACUUCAGCGACCCCAUGUACAAGUGCGAGUGCCAGACGGGCUACGCGGGCGACGGGCUCAUCUGCGGGGAGGACUCGGACCUGGACGGCUGGCCCAAUAAGAACCUGGUCUGCGCCACCAACGCCACCUACCACUGCAUCAAGGACAACUGCCCCCUCCUGCCUAACUCUGGGCAAGAGGACUUUGACAAGGACGGUAUCGGGGACGCCUGUGACGAGGAUGAUGACAACGACGGCGUCAGUGAUGAGAAGGACAACUGCCAGCUUCUCUUCAACCCGCGCCAGUUUGACUACGACAAAGACGAGGUUGGGGACCGCUGUGACAACUGCCCCUACGUGCACAACCCGGCCCAGAUCGACACGGACAGCAACGGGGAGGGCGACGCCUGCUCCGUGGACAUUGACGGAGACGACGUCUUCAACGAGCGAGACAACUGUCCGUACGUGUACAACACGGACCAGAGGGACAGCGACGGGGACGGCGUGGGCGACCACUGUGACAACUGCCCCCUGGUGCACAACCCGGACCAGACCGACGUGGACAAUGACCUGGUGGGAGACCAGUGUGACAACAAUGAGGACAUCGACGAGGACGGCCACCAGAACAACCAGGACAACUGCCCCUACAUCUCCAACGCCAACCAGGCUGACCAUGACCACGACGGCAAGGGCGACGCCUGCGACUCGGAUGAUGACAAUGACGGCGUCCCGGACGACAGGGACAACUGCCGGCUGGUGGCCAACCCCGGCCAGGAGGACUCGGACGGUGACGGGCGUGGUGACGCAUGCAAGGACGACUUCGACAACGACAGCAUCCCCGACAUUGACGACGUGUGUCCCGAGAACAGCGCCAUCAGCGAGACGGACUUCCGGAACUUCCAGAUGGUCCCCUUGGACCCCAAGGGCACCACUCAGAUCGAUCCCAACUGGGUCAUUCGCCACCAAGGCAAAGAGCUGGUGCAGACGGCCAACUCUGACCCCGGCAUCGCUGUUGGGUUCGACGAGUUUGGGUCGGUGGACUUCAGUGGCACGUUCUACGUCAACACGGACCGGGACGAUGACUAUGCCGGCUUCGUCUUUGGCUACCAGUCCAGCAGCCGCUUCUACGUGGUGAUGUGGAAGCAGGUCACGCAGACCUACUGGGAGGACCAGCCCACCCGGGCGUACGGCUACUCCGGGGUGUCCCUCAAGGUGGUCAAUUCCACCACGGGCACGGGCGAGCACCUGAGGAACGCCCUGUGGCACACGGGGAACACGGAGGGGCAGGUUCGCACUUUAUGGCAUGACCCCAAAAACAUCGGCUGGAAGGACUACACCGCCUACAGGUGGCAUCUGACCCACAGGCCUAAGACAGGUUACAUGAGAGUCUUAGUGCAUGAAGGAAAACAGGUCAUGGCAGACUCAGGACCUAUCUACGACCAAACCUAUGCUGGCGGGCGGCUGGGUCUGUUUGUCUUCUCCCAAGAAAUGGUCUACUUCUCCGACCUGAAGUAUGAAUGCAGAGAUGUCUAAGCAAGAUUCGCUGUAUUUCCAGCAACGUACUGUAGAUGCUGUUACCCAGACACCUCAGUCCACCCCAGUGCUUCCAGCUUCUCUCUCCAGCAGAUCUCCUGUCCUUGACCCCAACCUUGAGUGGUUCUGCACCUCCUGUCAUCAGCCCAAGCCCAAGUGCCUUCAGAGGAUGAGUAUUCAUGGAACCGAGAGAGGAACAUCCAGCCCACUCCAGAAAAGGCAGUGUGAGGAUCCAUGAGACUUUAUGUGGAGUGAAAAUCGAGCACAGUAUUGCAUUGCUUUUUCUCGUGUGUUUAAAAAGAAUGACGUUUACAUGUGAAAUGUAAGUACUUAUUGUAUUUAUGUGUAUAUGGAGUUGAAGGGAAUAUUGUGUAUAAGCCACUGUCAUAAAUUAAGCAGGAAAGAUAUCGCUACUCUGCUUCCAGUGCUUUAAGUUGGGUGUGCGAGCACCCGAAGCCUUGAGGUCGGUUAUAAAGGAGGGUCAACUCACGUUGGAAGUAAUGCUGUUGUCAGAAAGAGGUCAGGACGUACCAGUCACACAAGUGGGAUGGCAAGGAACGGACUGGAACAUCACAAACGGUACGGGGAUAAACGAACGCCCCCCCCCCCACGCUUGUCCUGCCACGGCAGCCCUCGGAGACACAGUCUCAUCAGAGAGGGACAUCCUUGCGAAGUGGCUCCCACGUGGGUCCAGGUGUGGGCCUGGCCAAGCCGCGCGUACGGGAGGCCGCAGCAGCGGGCAGUGCUGUCCCGGGCUGGCCCUUCCAGCCGUUGUGGACCUGGGAGGACGCGGGGCCACGUGUCACUUGGUUCUGCUUCCUGAUCCCCAGAACGCCUCCGGAGCCGCUUUCCCAGCCGGAGAGCAAGUCAGCAGGCGCGUUCGGGCACCGAAUCCCUAUUCCAGGCUUUGAAACUACGGGCGAGUUGCUUUUCCCUAACUUGGCAGCACAUUCCAUUAAGGUUCCAGUUAUAAGUGUUGUGUUAAUAUUUAUUGAGCGACUAUAGAAUGCAGUCCUGUUCACCAAUAACUUAUUUUAAAUAUAAGUAGCACAUAUGUAGUAUAAUAUCUAGAAGUAAACACAUAACGAGCGUAUAAUAAUAUAAAGGUACAGUUACAGCAAAAUAUCUUCCUGUCAAAACACAAAGCUUUAUAAUAUUAUGUUGCCAUGAUAAAGCAUGCUGCAAAACGUGAUGGAGUAAAUAAGUAACGAAACGUUUAUAAUGGAACCGUAAUGUGUACUGUUGCCAGUGACUUUAGUUCAAUACUUGUACCGCUAUCUGUCUGCUGUACGUAGGACUUUAAAGACUCCGAGUGUUGAGGAUAAAUCCACGUUGUCUUGGCAGACCCAUCCCUUAAUCAGUCGUACAGUAACAUUCACAGGUUUGAUUUAUUUUUCGCUUUAAGUUGCAUGACCUUUCUGCAGGAAUAUUAGCUAAUCUCACUCCACAUAGGGGCUUAGGAGGAAGGCUUUGUCUUGUUGGUCUGAUGCGGGCAAACUGUUCUCCUCUUGCUGUUAACAGAGAUUUCUCUCCUCUGUCGAGGAGAGAGGAUCCAUGACUUGUGUUCACCUGCUCCCGCCGCGUGAUAAAGUUACAUUUGUUGCUUCCUUUGAGGUUGAUUUUUCUUUGUGUUUUGCUGCACUUUUUACUUUUCUUGGUGGAACUGUAUUCCCAAGACAGCAAAGUCUUGGGAGACUUCAUUAAAUGUAAAAGUUGUGCAGAGUGCGUAGGUUUUCUGUGUCGGUGAUGUUUGGCCAAAGGAUACGGUGGUGUGGGAUGCUCUUGUGAAUAUUUAGAAUGUACCAUAUUUUUUUUUUGUAAAUUAUUUAUGUUCUUUUUUUUAAAAACAAACGUCUCGUACAGAUGGAUGAAACUUCUUUUGUUUUGCCAAAGACUGUAAAUAUUUAUUUAUUUGUUCACAUGGUCAAAAUUUCACCACUGAAACCCUGCAUUUAGCUAGAGCCUCGUUUUUAUACUUUAAACAUUCAUAACAGGAAAUAAAUUGUAAAAAGCUUUUCUAUAAA